GCCAGCUGAUUGGUAGGGGACAUACUCCUACUGGAGAAAGGCGGGGUCACUAAUGCCUAACACUUCAGUCAUUUGUGUAAUUCCCCUAAGGAUUGGGUAUCCAUCAUCCAAAGACACUGAGCCAGGUAAUGAACAAGUAGUUUAUUCAUAAAGUGAGAAUACUUGCUAAACCUAUAGUGGGUUCUCAGCAAAUAUGUGUUUUAUUGAUUAACGGAAGGUUUCCAAGUUGGAUAUGUUGCUGCGGUUUUGGCAACAUUUCCAGGUAGUAAAAUUCGGUUCACAUUUAGAAGAGUAUUAGUCCCUUUUCAUACUCUCUGGGAUGUGUUGCCCCUCAUUGACUUUCAUAUCCAGUUUCUCUAGGAGGGCUGACACGAGCCUCUGACGGGAAUAGCUCACAUUGGAAUGUUUUCCUGGACCGAUUUUAAAGUUGUUUUAUCUUCGUAGGUUUGGAAGAUGACACACAACACCAGUACCUUUUUCUCUGGCAGCAGACUAGUGGGUGAAAAAGUAUGACACAAGUCUGAGGUUUGUGUCUGCUUCCCCAAGGUCAAGAAAUUAUCUCCUUGGAAGGCAACAAUACUAUGCAUGUUAUGAAUUGUGUCUCCUUGGUCGGUGAUAAAGAAAAUGGGACUAUCGCCACAGCAGCUGGAUUCAUGAUUGAGCAAACACCACCCCCUCCUCCUCCUCCGCCCCCUCCACCUCCACCAUGCCCCUAUUCAGAGGAAGGGUUUCCUUCCUCUCCUCCCCCUCCCCCCCCACAGCCACUCCCUGGGGGGCCUCCGGUCCCUCCUCCCCCUCCAGGACUGCCCCCAGCUUCUCACUUGAACGGCUACAGCCACGUUGGUAAGAAAAAGCGGAUGAGAAGCUUUUUUUGGAAAACCAUUCCAGAGGAGCAAGUACGUGGCAAAACCAACAUCUGGACCCUGGCAGCCAGGCAGCAGCAUCACUACCAAAUUGAUACGAAGACCAUCGAGGAGCUCUUCGGGCAGCAGGAGGAUGCCACCAAGCCUUCCCUUUCCAGGAGAGGAGGGCCUUUAAAUUCGUCCUUCAAGGAAGCAAGGGAGGAGAUUACUGUCUUGGAUUCGAAACGGAGCAUGAACAUUGGAAUAUUUCUUAAGCAAUUUAAGAAGUCUCCUCAGUCCAUUGUAGAAGAUAUUCAUCAAGGAAAGAGUGAGCAUUAUGGAUCAGAGACAUUACGAGAAUUUCUUAAACUUUUGCCAGAGUCAGAGGAGAUAAAGAAAUUAAUAACAUUUAGUGGCGAUGUGUCCAAGCUGUCGCUGGCAGACUCCUUUCUGCACUGCUUAAUUCAGGUGCCAAACUAUUCGCUUCGGAUUGAAGCCAUGGUGCUAAAGAAGGAGUUUCUACCUUCCUGUUCGUCUCUGUACACGGAUAUAACAAUUCUAAGAACCGCUAUAAAAGAGCUGAUGUCGUGUGAGGAGCUACAUUCAAUAUUACACUUGGUGCUACAGGCAGGAAAUAUCAUGAAUGCAGGAGGGUAUGCCGGCAAUGCAGUAGGAUUUAAACUGUCUUCCCUGCUCAAAUUGGCAGACACAAAAGCAAACAAACCUGGGAUGAACCUUCUGCACUUUGUUGCACAGGAAGCCCAAAAGAACGAUGCCGUUCUUCUAAACUUUUCUGAAAAAUUACAUCAUGUUCAGGAGGCUGCUAGAUUAUCUCUGGAUAACACCGAGGCAGAGCUGCACUCGCUCUUCGUCAGGACGAGAUCGCUGAAGGAAAACAUCCGGCGGGAUGAUGAACUUUGUCAGCAGAUGGAAGAUUUCCUUCAGUUUGCUGUAGAAAAGCUGACCGAACUGGAAUGCUGGAAGCAAGAGCUCCAGGAGGAGGCCCACGCCCUUAUCGAUUUUUUCUGCGAAGACAAAGAAACCAUGAAACUGGACGAAUGCCUUCAGAUAUUUCGAGACUUUUGUACCAAAUUCAGCAAAGCGGUUAAGGACAACCACAACCGGGAGGUACAGGAGCUGAGGCAGCUGCAGCGGCUUAAGGAGCUGGAGCAGAAGCGGCGUUCCUGGGCGGCUGGGGAGCUGGUGGGAUUCGGCCGGAGCAGCAGUGAGAAUGACGUACAGCAGCUGAGCAAGAAGGGUGCAGAGGACCUGCCCUCCUUCCUGCACCGCAGGCCCGUCAGCCCCUCCUACCGACGCCCCAGCACCCGCCGCUCCCGCCGCUCCCUGGGCACCUCUGCUGAUCAGGAGCUGCUGACCUUCCUGGAGAGCUCCAUGGGCAGCCCCGAGGAGGCCAACAAAUUCAACAGCUUGCCCUGGAGCAGCCCCCGGCAGGCCCGGCCCACGAUGGCCUGGAUGGAGUCUGGGAAGCCAAGGGACCAGAACUCAAACCGCACACGCAGACUUCAGGCCUCGGAGGGCCCGGAGCAAGCCCCCGACCCACCCUCAGCUUCAUGUGGACAGCUCCUAGUCCCUCAGAUCGAGGAACCUGCACCAGUUUUGCUCCGAACUAGGCGCAGUGGGCUCAGCAUGCUCCAAAAGAGGAACAGUGAGCCUGUGGGCCUAGCGCCUGCCUGGUCCCCUCCACUCUCGCCAUUGGCUCUGGGAAUUAAGGAGCAUGAGCUGGUCACCGGGCUGACUCAGUUCGACCUCCAGGGUCCCAAGGAUCAAGAGGAGACCCCCCAGCUGAGCCUGACCAACUUAAGCCCAGGGGAGCUGGCGUCUCCAGGAGAUGGGAGCCUGCAGCCCCUUGGCACUGGCGCUGGUGCUGGCAAUGAUAGCCUCAUGUCUGUGGGCACAGGUGCCCAGGGGAGUCCCAGCCCAGCCCUGGAGGGUGACGGGGCUGCCCCUGAUGAGCCCAGCAUCAACCCUGAGAACAAAGAUCCUGGGCCUCUGUUCAACAUCUCAGAUACCACUGACUGCUCGCUGACCUUGGACUGCUCAGAGGAAACUGACUCCAUGCCUGGCGGUAGGGAGCUGGAGGAGGCCAGAGAAGGGCAUGGCUCUGUGUCCCCUGGGGCAGGGGAGACAGAUGGUAGCCAAGUGUCUUCUAACCCUCUCUCCAGCCCCCCUGGGGAGACUCCUGUUCCCACCUCUGGGAAGAGUGGGUCCACUUGCAAAGGUGGCCUUUCCAGGGACAGACCCUCCAAAGGGAAGGAUGUGAUAACAUCAAAAAGAAACUCCCUCAAAGAGGCGUCCCAGGGAGCCCCCAAGCCUGGGACUGUCACUCGAGGCCAGGGGGCAGCACCCAAGCCCGUGCGGACCUUGACCUCCUCAGAGAGCGAGAGCAUGCGCAAAGUCGUGCCCAUCUCCAGGGCCAGCAGGGGCUCUGCUGGCUGGAAGCAGCCCCCUCGGGAGCCCCCCAGCGGCACAGAUGAGCCGUGGUCACGCCAGAACUCUGUGAAGGGCACCUCGGACACGUCGCCCAAGAGGUCCUUGAAGGGGGCUGGGGUGACCGAGGUGACCGAGGAGCAGAGGCCACCACGAGGGAGGGUUGGCUCCUGUGGCACCCGGCCAGGGAAGGAGCCUGCCCUGCAGGCCAGGGGCUCCCUCAAGAAACCUAGCGCCAAGCCGCUCCGGAAUGUCCCCAGACAGAAACCUGAGGAAAACAAGAUCUGCCGCUCCAACUCCCAGGGCCCCCAGAGCCCAGAAGAAGAGCCUAAGGCCCCUCCACAGACCCCCAGCAACCCCCGUGUUUCAUCCCACCUCCCGAGCUUUGCCCGAAACACAGUGGCCUCCUCAUCUCGGUUGAUGAGAUCAGAUUCUGUCCCUGUGACCAAGCCCCCUGGCCUCACUCGGGCAGUCUCCCAGCGGCAGCUGAGGAUGAAGGGUGGCCCUGAGGAUGCAGUCCCCAAGGACAGCGGCACCCUGCGGCGGGCCAAUAGCACCCGGGCUCCCAAAAAGUAUUCCGAGUCUGCUGAGGGUCCCAGUGCCAAUACAGAGGCCUCGCUGAAGGGCAGAGGGACUGGGGAAAGGGCCUCCUUCAAACAAAAAGACUCCAGUCGGACCACACUGGGGAAAAUCCUUACUCCUUUGUGGAAGUGAUGGUGCCUGUCCUCUCUCACCUCCUGAGGUUACUAUGAGGACUGACCACUGUGAAAGGCCAACACUGAAUGUUCCCCAUCAAGCGAAUCACUGGUGCCGCCUGCUAACGCUCAUGUCCUUGAAGGUACAGUCUGGGAGGCCGGUUUGCUGCGACCUGCUGCGGUGACUCCUGCUGUCGGGUCCUGAUUCACCCUCAUCAUGGGCCGGCACCUUCUGCACACAUCCAAGGUGUGCUUGAGCAUCCCCUUUACCCCAAAACAAGGACUCGGGCGUGUAAGAUGACAUUCUUAUGUAAGGAGUAAAAAAGGAAUUUUGGCCAGUUUUUAUAUAUCUAAGGUGUAUUUUUCAGUAUAAAAAAUUCAAUGUCUUAGUUGGUUCCUUUGGCAGAGUGAAUGCCUCCUAGAAAAAGACAGAAGAAAACCCGCUUUGUAUGAAGAUACUUUUAUCUUCCUGUGUUCCCUGGCCUCGGGUUCUACCUGCCACCCACCGUCCAUUGCUGGCAACUGGACUUCUCCAUAAGCCCUUGGUGUCUUAUGGUUGGCACGUGUCCUUGGAGACUAUUCCUUGCUCACCUCUCCCUGUGUGACUUGCGGUGAGGGUUUGCAUGUGAGCAGGAGGGAAAGUGAGACUGGUGGACCGAGAUCAGUGCUCCUGUGUGCUCAGUGUGGUGUGGGCACCGUGGGCAGUGGGAUGUGCACUUUGGGGGCCUGUGGCUGCAGAGCCUCCCUGCAGAGCGGUGGCAGCCCCUGGGAGAAUGCUGGAUCUUUCAGAAUUUAGAAGUGCCAUAUUUUAAUGGAAAGUCAUCAGGGGCUGUUCAGCUGAUUACACCUCUCCCAUUCCACGUUUUCCCAUUUGUGUUUCUGUUGUACAACUGAGUGAAGGCUGCUACGACUUUUGUUUGCUCUAGUUACAGGUGAAAAAAAAACCCUUUCUGUCUCCCAGUCUUCCUUCUCCCUCUUCUUGCCUGCUCCAGCCCUUCCUUCUCUGAUGUAGCCUGGUGUCUGUCUGUCUGUCUCUCAACAAUGAUACUUUUAAAUGUUAACGUCUAUUCUUUGGUGGUUUUGAAAUACUGGAAAAAACAUAAAGUUUUUAAAAACAAACUAAAAAUGAAAUUAGUUAGAAGAAUUUAUAUCAUUAGGAAAAAUUUGGGAAAAAAGGCUUUUAUUUAAAAAAAGGAGGGUGGGAAACAUACUUGUUCUACCCGGUGCCCACUUCACUGUUUCCCUCUGAGACUACUUGGGAAAUGGGAGAAUUUUUGAAACUUUUUUGUUUUUUAAAAAUUGCUCCCCUUUUUUUCCACUUUUGGUUGCUUAUUAGUGAAACCUCAUUUCAGAUCCAACAGUGGUAGACGGAUUUAGGCAAAUAAGAUGUAUUACAGUCUCCCUUCUGUACAAUUUUGUCUUCCAACUAAAGUAAUUGGAAACUCAACUUCUGUAAGUCAGCUAAAUUGCAAGGGUAAACUUUAUGGUAGAAGUAAGGCACCUGACCACAAAACCUCUUAUAAAAAUAGCCCUGAGUAGGUAUUUCCAGGGCUCCACAGAGAUGGUUUUAUGCUGUUUUUGACCUGUUUUUCAUCAUAAAGCCUGAGAAAGCAUAUAUUUAACCAUGCAGACAACAGUGUUCAAAGCAUAGGGCCCAUGGGUGGAUGGGAAAUGGAUGUGGAUUUGUGGAUAGUGGCGGGGCCAGGACUUCUAGAUGGGAUCCUAGGGACCAGUGUUUGAGUCCCUGUUUCCACCGCUGAUAUUACAUUAACUUGGCCAAGUCACUCCCUCUCCCUAAGUCUGUUUCCCAGUCUGCAGAAGCAGGGGCAUGGCCUCCGUGAUGGUCUCCAGGGUUCCUUCUCGCUCCAACAGUCUGAGUCAUGAACAACCAAUGACCCAUCUCUGCUCUGGGAUCAGCUUCUCAGAACCAACCCCCAGUAUCUCCACAGCAGAGGCCUCCCGUAAAGGCCUGCUCAAAACACCUCCAGAAUGAGUUGUUGCUUUGAAAUCCAAUAGGCCGAGUUUCCUGAGAAGUGGUGUUUUAUUUUACUUAGCCCUGUGGACAACUUCUGUGUUUGCAUCUGUGUGAGCAGGUGAAGAUUCUAUUACCUUUUAUCGGUAGUAACCUUGGAAUAAUUUAAGUAUAUAAUGGAGAAAUGUAAAUAAGUUUCUAUAUAAAAUUGUUUAAGAUGAACUGAAUGUAUUUAAAGGUCCAUUUAUAUGUUCUUUUACGUAAUACGUAGUUGAAUAAAGUUCUUGUUUAUGGGA